AAAUCCUACAUCGUCGAGUUUCUUCAACAAAAAAGCUCUCUGCUUUUUCUCAGUACUUCCAGUCUAGUCUAGUCUUUCAGCUUCAGCUAGUUCUGCUUUCAGGUGCUCUGUCUGGCUACACGGAGAAUAAAUCUUUGUACCUCUUGCCCAAACAAUGGUGUUUGCCUGUCAAAAUGAUAGUUUCCUGAAGGAGCUCACUACAACAGUGGUUUCAUCUAAGGAGGCCAAAAUACCCUGUGUUAAUGAUGGCAAAAAGGAGCUCAUUGAUGGUUUUGAAAUAAUAUUGACAGACACAAUACUCUUUCCUGAAGGAGGUGGACAGCCAUGGGAUCUUGGAACUAUUAAUGGCAAGGAAGUCAUCAAAGUGACAAGGAGAGGUGCUGAGGCUGUUCAUUUUCUUAAAUACCCCUUUGAAGUUGGACAGUCUGUAUCUGUGCUAUUGGAUUGGAAUCGGAGGUUGGAUCAUAUGCAACAACAUUCGGGUCAGCAUCUUAUCACUGCAGUUAUUGCUGAAGAGUAUGGGUAUGCCACUUCAUCAUGGUGGCUAGGAGAAGAAGUAUCCUAUCUGGAACUUGAUACUCCAUCUAUCUCAACUGAUCAAGUUGCAAAUGCUGAAAAGUUAGUCAACCAAUAUAUUAGAGAAGCUAGACCAGUCAAAGUAAAUGUUUAUGAAUCUAAUAAUCCUGAGCUCAAAAAGGCCAGAACUCGAGGCUUGCCUGAUGACCAUGUGGGACUAGUCAGGGUUGUAAAUAUAGAGGGCCUGGAAAAUAAUAUGUGCUGUGGAACCCAUGUCUCUAAUCUCAGUCAGUUACAAAUGAUUAAGCUUACAAAUGUAGAAAAGGGGAAGAAGGGCAAAAUAAAACUUAAUUUCCUAGCUGGAAAUAGAGUGAGAAACAAAAUGGAAGAGUUUCUGGAGCGUGAAGCUGCUCUCUCUAAUUUGCUACAGAACAAAGGAUCUAUGCAUGUGCAACUGACUGAAAAAAUUCAAAAUUCUUUAAAAAUUUCUGUCAAGAACCUUCAAAAUGUUUUGCGAGAAGUUGCUUGUAUGGAGGCAGAGAAGUUGAAGAAUACCAACCCCAAACCACAUCACUUAAUUCUAUACAGAAGUGAAGCUGAUAUGGACUUCAUUAACUCAUUUUUAAGAGAGUUUAAUGAUGAGUCAGUCGUGCUGCUGCUGAUUGUGGGGGAAGAACCAAAUUUGCAACUUGUGUUGCAUGGUAACCCUAAUAGAGUAGCCUGUGUAGGGCCCAAGUUGUGCGAUGUGAUGGGAGGGAAAGGCUUUGGAAAAGGAAGCAAGUUUCAGGCCAAAGUAAGUAAACUUAAGAUGACAGAAGUAGAACAAAUUUUUAAAGAGACCUAGUUCAAGUUGAAUUUUGAAGUGUAAAUCUAUCUCACCUAAUUUGUUGCACCAUAAAUAUAUGUUGAUUUACAAGAAAUAAUGAUCUACUGUAACCUAUGGAUGUCAGAGUGAAUUAUAAUGUUUCCUUGAUAAACCCGUUUU